CUGCGCUAUAUACCUUUAGGCAUAAUUAGGUUUGAGAUCCGAAUUGAUUGAAAACCAGAAAAACUCCCAACUCUCUCUUUGUACUCCAAACCCUAGCUAUGGAAAAUUAUGCUGCCCCUUUGUAGAUCUAGCAGCAUGCUAUGCUAUAUUGAUUGGCAAGUGAUGAUCACUUAAGUUUCACCUCCAAUUCUUCAAUUUCUUCAUCUUCCAGCUAAGAUCCAGCUAGCUAGAUAGCUAUGCACCCAUUUUCUCUACCGCCGUCUUCUUUCUCUUAUGGCGGCGGCCGUCAGCAUCAGCAGAGGGUUUGGCUAGACAGCGAAAGCGGCCGAGGGGACGGGGAAGAUGUUAUUCUGAAGAUGGUGAUUGAUUCUCCUACCGGUAAUCAUGCUGGCGAAGUGAAUGACACGGCGGCUGUGGCGGGUAGUAGCGGCGGCGCCGGGGUGGCGAUGGAGAAAGAACACAUGUUUGAUAAGGUGGUGACGCCGAGCGAUGUGGGGAAGCUGAACCGGCUGGUGAUUCCUAAGCAGCACGCCGAGAAGUAUUUCCCGUUAGACUCCUCCAACAACGAGAAGGGGCUUCUCCUCAACUUCGAGGACCGGAACGGCAAGCCGUGGCGGUUCCGGUACUCUUAUUGGAACAGCAGCCAAAGCUAUGUGAUGACGAAAGGCUGGAGCCGGUUCGUCAAGGAGAAGAAGCUCGACGCGGGCGACGUCGUUUCUUUCCAGCGUGGCGCUUCCGAGUCCGCGAAAGAUCGGCUUUUCAUCGACUGGAGGCGCCGCCCGGACUCCCAGUACUCCUCCGACCACCACCACCACCUCCAUCAUCACCGCCACCAUCAUAUUCCUCCAGUGGUCUCCUUCCCCCACCACCUCUCCUCCCUCCAGCGCUCCGCCAUUCAUCAUCAACACCACUACCCCGCUGCGGCUGCGGCGGCUUGGAACCCUCAGGCGUUGUUCUCCCCCCUGCAGCCUUCCUACGGUUACAGCAGUUAUGGGUUCCGCGGGAAUACCCCCACCGCCCACGGUUCCGUAAUCUUCAACGGCGUUGGAGGUCCGAUCGGCGGUGAUGUGGUGGUGAAUGGAAACCCUUGCUCGGGAAUAUCAUCAUCAGGGAUUUAUCUCAGACCGAUUAUCACCGCCGGGAGCCAGCAAGAAAUGAUGCAAAGAAUAGGAGGUUGUGGUGGUGGUGGGGUGGUGUUUGAUUCGGUGCCGGUGGUCCAAGGCAAGGCAGCAGCAAAGCGGCUGAGGCUGUUCGGGGUGAACAUGGACUGCCCUAUUUCCGACGCCUUUCCCGACGAUUCUUCCUCCGCCGCCACUUCCCCUAAUUCCCACACCACAUCAACAACCACAAUUCCGGGUACUUCCCUUCAAUUAUGGCCGUGCCGCAGCGGCUACUACGGCGAUGAUGCUCCAGAACCGCAAGCUGAUGAUAAUAAUAAGCCCCUCGAGUCGCCGUCCUCCGUCUCCAUGUCGCUAGAUUUGGAUAUCUGAUCGAUCGGAUGAUAAUUAAUUUGUGACAUUUCUAUUAUUAUUAUUACAAUUCUAUAAAUUCGUGUAUAAAUUAAGCCCUUUUAUAUUACUACACAUUAUAUAUAAUUAUAAUUAUAACACUACUCAAUAUACACUCUAAAUUUGUAUUUAACUUCAAGUGUGUCUGCAAUUCACAUUUCUUGAAUUACAUACAUUGCCGG